UUGGGCCCAGUGAGCAUUGCAAAUCCUUUAAUGCACUGCUUUUACUCAGGCAAAUGGGAUAUUUUAAAUUUUGGAUUAUAAACAUUGAGGCCAUGGUCAACAAUCCAUCCCUUUCACACAUGCAGUUGGAGUGUAUAAGGCAACAUACAGCCAGUGUGGGAUUAGAGGCACUGAAAUGUGCUUGGUGGGUGCAUAUUUGGCAGCAGGAAAAACAAAAAAUCAGCAAAUUAUUCUUCCAUACUUUUCCCCCGAAUUGAGCAAAACAGCAUUCCUUUACAGUGUGACCUCUGGGCAUGCCAGCACAUGCUCUUACUAGGCUCCAACCAGAGAGCAUCAGCAACACUUCCUUCACACAUGACAAACAUAUAGGUGUCAGCUAGUGAGUGGUGAAUUAAAUAAAUCUGAUCAACCUGAAUGUGAUCAAAGUGCUGGUGUAAUGGAUGAUUUCACACUGCUCUUUGGUGUCAUCACAGUGCUGUCCGCACACUGGCACUGAUUUCAUACAAAUCCAUCGCAGGUCAAGAGAUUUUCUUACCACAAGAUAAAAUCUCCUCAUGACAUAUAAAACACUAAACUCAGUGCCUCUCCUCUGUCUGUAGCCCAUGGGAUCAGAGCGGAUGGAGAUGCGAAAGAGGCAGAUGUCGGUGCAGCAGGAGUCGGCAGCGGGGGGAACUGCACCGGCCCAGCAGGGCCAGCCGGGCCAGGCCAACCCACGGGGCUCAAAUGCAUGUUGCUUCUGCUGGUGCUGCUGCUGUAGCUGUUCCUGGAAUGAAGACCGGGAUGAAAGGAACCGAAAGGCGUCUUAUGACGUCAAAGAAGGGACCGCGGACUGUGAAGACUGCCCGAAGCCCACGCUGGAGGAGGUGCGCUCGUGGGGGCAGUCGUUUGAUAAGCUAAUGUGUUGCCCAGCGGGGAGGAACUCCUUCCGACAGUUUCUUCGCACCGAGUUCAGCGAGGAGAACAUGCUCUUCUGGUUAGCCUGCGAAGAGUUCAGCAAAGACGCCAAUAAGAGUACGGUAGAGGAGAGGGCUCGGGUCAUCUACGAGGACUACAUCUCCAUUCUCUCGCCUAAAGAGGUGAGCCUUGACUCCCGUGUGCGUGAGGCGAUCAACAGGAACAUGCAAGAACCCAACUUGCACACGUUCGAUGAUGCCCAGCUGCAGAUCUACACACUAAUGCAAAGAGACUCGUAUCCCCGCUACAUGAACUCCCCAGCCUACAAAAACCUGCUCAACACCCUGUCAGAGCAGUCCCCCGAAUCUUAG